AUGUCGCAAAUAAGUAUUGCUGGGCAGACUGCCGCGCCAGUUGUCAGUGAAUCACCAGCUGUUAUACAACGAUGGGAACAAGAUUUUUCGCAGACAAAAACUGACGAUAUCACAUAUGAUUACAUUAUUGUUGGGUCUGGCUCAGCAGGUGCUGUCUUAGCUAAUCGUCUAUCAGAACAAGCUGAUAAGCGUGUUCUUCUUAUUGAAGCUGGUGGUGCGGAUACAAAAGAUGAAAUACACAUGCCAGCUGCUUGUGGUAACUGUCAGCGUGGUGACAUUGAUUGGCAAUAUAAAACUACACCUCAACUUUAUUCACACUUUGGUUGUAUUAAUCAACAAAGUAAUUGGCCACGCGGUAAAGUUUUAGGUGGUUGUUCCUCUAUAAACUAUAUGCAAUAUGUUCGCGGUGAUCCACAUGAUUAUGAUAAUUGGCAAUUGCCACAAUGGUCAUUUCAAGAAAUGUUAAAAUAUUUCAAAAAAUUAGAACGUGCGGAUCUGAAUACAAUUCAGAAGAAUGAGCAUUUUCGUAAUCAUGAUCAGGACAAUGGAAUGAUGGAUGUAACAAUGCUCGAAGAAGCCAAUCCAAUAAAUCGAAUGCUCAUUGAAGCAUGUGAAAAGAAUGGAUUUCGUGAAACCAAAGAUUAUAAUGCCGAAGAAAGUCUCAAUGGAUGUGUAUCAAUGUCACAAAUUUCAACAAAAGGUGGAAAACGUUGGUCAACAGCAAGUGGUUAUCUCUUGCAAGCAGUAAAACGAGAAAAUUUUGAUUUGUUAGUACAUGCACAUACUUGCCGAGUAGAAUUCGAUGAGAAAAAACAAGUAUCUGGUGAGUGUGAAGUUACAAGCAUCUUUUCGAAAAAAAAUUUUGAUUGA